AAAAUGGGUUAAAAAAAUGGAAAAGUCUGCGAAUUGGGAUAAAGAAAAGAAUUGGAAUGAGAACAUGCGUGCUAUAAAGGACAAAUAUGUGAGUCCCAGUGAAGUGAUGCAUAUUCAUGCUGCGAAUAAAAAAGCAUUAUUCAUUAAUGAAAUGAGAAGUCGAAACGCAAGCCGAGCAUAUGAUAGUUCCUAUCAGAGUGGUCAUCAACCUUGGUAUACGCAAAUUUCGCGAGAAGUGAUUUCUUUAAAAUCUACGAUUAAUGAGGGCCAUAAAAAACUGUUGAUUGCAGUUUUGAGAAAAGAUGCAGAAGAAGAAAAGAGAUUACUCAGAGCAAUUGGAAAAGAUUUAAUGAAUACACAACCAUAA